AAAAAGAACAGAUCUAUUGACUCGGAGUCGGGUUGAGUCAGUAAAUCGAAUACGCUAUAAAUAUAUGGAUAAAAGUCCACUAUAACUGUUGUUAGCUCGUGAUAAUGGAAAGCGAUUGUGAAAGAUAUGUAGUUAUGACAAAUGUAAAAGAGCGACAAGAUAUUUGCUUUAGAUAUUUAUCUUUUACACAAUUUGUGAAUUAAAGUAAAAUUCUUUCGUUCGAAAGAAAUUAUGGAUAUCUUUAUAAAGUUGAACGAGCAAACGGCAGGGAGGGAUAAACUAAUAAGAUUGCUUCAAUAUGGAAGUCGAGCGUAUUGGUACUAUGCACAAAAUGUGCACAGUACAAGAUAUUCUGCAGAAAUUUUGAGAAGUUUGGAGUUCACUUUUAGCUCAUUUCGAAAAUUGCUGCGCUUUGGAAGAUGCUUAGAUAGCAUCUAUUCUGCUUUAAAAAUGAUGAAGUAUCCUGAUCCUACGGUGAGAAUAACAUUAACCAUGGCAAAGAUGGCAAAUGCUUUGUACUUACUAGCAGAUCAUUUUAUCUGGAUUGGCAGAGUAGGAAUUUUACGAGUUGAUUUAGAAAAAUGGAAUAAAGUUGCUAAUAAGUAUUGGUUACUAACUAUUGUUAUGAGUUUAAUAAGAGAUAUUUAUGAGAUUAUCAAGAUUUUGGAACACAAGAAGAAUGUAUUUAAACAAUAUUAUAUAUUAUCCUGUCUAAAAAGUCACAAGGAAGUAACAAUGGAUACUAUUAAAAAUGGAUGUGACUUAUUUAUUCCAUUGACAGCAUUAGGUGUCACAAAAUGUACUCCAGGUACAAUAGGUUUACUUGGAAUAAUUUCUUCAUUAAUUGGUUUAUAUACAAUUAUCGAUCCACUUUAUAAAUUGUCUCCUUAGGAUAAGAUAUUUUGUAAACUCCUAUACAUGUAAGAUAUAUUCGUUAUAUUAUUCGUAUAUGUACAUACAUGAUGAGAGAGAGAGAGAGAGAGAGAGAGAGAGAGAGAGAGAGAGAGAGGGUGGGUGAGUGAGACAGUUACAUACAAAUGUAUAUAGGGAAUAGGUACAAUAUUCUUAUGCUCUAAAAUUUUAUACAAUUUUAUAAUUACGAUGGAAGUUUAUUUACUGAUUAAAUGGAGAAAAUAUAUAGGGGCUUUAUACACAAUCUUUUCAUUUUUUUAAGAUAUAUUUAAUAGUCAUUUUACAAAAGUUUAUACGAAACUUGUCCAAAUUUAUCAAGUGAAAGGAUACCUUCUAAUAUCAUCAAGAAAUAACUCCGUUGUAAUUCCUAACCAUACGUUUAUACAUUAUAUAAGUAAAUAAAAGACAC